AUGAAAACAAAAAAGAGAAGUAAUGGAAAGAAAACGGCGUCGCCACCAUCACCACCAAAGCUCCCAAUCAUUGGUAACUUACACCAGCUUGGAGUUUUACCACAUCGUACACUUCAAGCUUUGUCCCAGCUUUAUGGAAACGGCCUAAUGUUGCUCCAUUUCGGCUGUCAGCCAACCCUGGUCGUAUCAUCUGCAUAUUAUGCCCAACAAGUCAUGAAAAAUAAUGACAUUCCGUUUUCUAAUAGGCCUAAUUCUCAUAUUGUUAAUAAAUUUUUUUACAAUGCUACUGAUAUGUCUUUUUCUCCUUAUGGGGAUUAUUGGAGGCAAAUUAGAAGUAUUUGUGUGUCUCAGCUUUUGAGUACGAAAAAGGUUCAAUCUUUACGGGUUAUAAAAGAAGAAGAGACAUCUUUAAUGGUUGAAAAAAUUAAGAAAUCUGAUGGUUCGAUAUUUAAUUUGAGGGAGAUUAUAAUGCUUUUUACGAAUGAUUUAAUUUGUAGGGCGUCUUUUGGUAAGAAGUAUAGUGAAAAUAAUGAGGGGGGUAGUAAUUUUAAGAAGCUAUUGAAUGAUGCUAUGAAGUUGCUUGGGAAUAAUAGCUUUAAAGAUGUAAUCCCUUGGCUUGGUUGGAUGGAUCGACUCAAGGGUUUAGAUGGUGAAAUGGAUAGAGUUUUUAAAGGAUUGGAUCAUAUUCUUGAAAAUGUUGUACAAGAAAAUCAAAUUAAAAUGAAUAAUAAACAAAAUAAUAACAUCCAUACUAAAGAAGAUCAUGGGACCAUGAACUUUGUGGAGAUUUUGUUACAAGCUCAAAAGGAAAAUAAAGUAGCACUUCAACCUCAUAGUAUCAAAGCUGUUAUAAUGGAUAUGUUUGUUGGUGGAACUGACACAAUUUAUACACUAAUAGAAUGGGUAAUGAUUGAACUAAUUAGACAUCCCAAAAUUAUGAAACAAGUGCAAGAAGAGGUUAGAAAAAUAGUCGUCGCAGGCAAUGGUAAAAAGGUUUGCGAGGAUGAUUUGGAGAAAUUAACAUAUUUAAAAGCAGCGGUGAAGGAAACACUCAGGUUGCACCCUCCUUUUCCCUUGAUUCCUCGAAAGUUAUCAAAGGACGUUAAUAUAAAUGGUUAUGACAUAGAAGCAGGAACACACGCAAUCAUCAACGUAUGGGCAAUUCAUAGAGAUCCUCUUUAUUGGACUGAACCCGAAGAAUUUCGUCCGCAGAGGUUCUUAAAUAACACACAUGAUUUUAAGGGUCAAAAUUUUAACUAUAUUCCAUUUGGAGCGGGGAGAAAGAUUUGCCCUGCGAUAUCAUUUGGUGUUGUAAAAGCAGAGCUUGCGAUUGCUACUCUUGUUCACGACUUUGAUUGGCAAUUACCCAAUGGAAGUGCGAUAGACAUGACUGAAAUUGCUGGUCUUGCUGUACAAACACGAGAUCCUCCUAUGCUUAUUGCAACUCCCUUUGUUAGCAAAUGA